GAUCCAAAGACAAAAAAAUAUUGUAUUGUAACUUCACAUGCAGCUGAUUACAAUUUAAGAAAUUAUUUGCAGAAUAAUAAAAUUUCAUGGUUGGAAAAAAUAAAUAUCCUUGACUAUAUAAUUAAUGAUCUUGCUAUAAUUCAUAAACUAGAAAUAACACAUUGUCAUUUAAAUCUUGAAAAUGUAUUAAUGAGUGGAAAUUUGGCAUUUCUUAUUUCUGAAGUUUUAAGAAGAGGAACUCAAAUACGAUCUUUAAAUAUUUAG